CUCUUUGGUCCGUACUGUUGCUGUUAAUUCUUUAGUCUGUGAUCCAAAAUGGCGCUGAAAGCACUUGUCGGGCAAAAAAUUAUGAAUGAAGUGAUCCGCUACCGCGGACCAAAGGGGAAGGAGUCCCAGCGCAUUGACUGGAGAAUCCUCAUUGUGGAUCAACUGUCAAUGCGCAUGGUCUCCGCCUGCUGCAAAAUGCAUGACAUCUCUGCAGAGGGCAUUACAUUGGUUGAAGACAUUCACAAGAAGAGAGAGCCGCUCUGUACCAUGGAUGGCAUCUACCUCAUUACUCCACUGGAGAAUUCAGUCCGUGCCUUGAUCAAUGAUUUCUCAGUGGGGAACCGCAUCAUGUACAAAGCGGCUCAUGUUUUCUUCACUGAAGUGUGUCCUGAGGAAUUGUUCAAUGAACUCUGCAAAUCAUCGGCAGCAAGGAAAAUCAAAACGCUUAAGGAAAUCAACAUUGCAUUCUUACCUUACGAGAGUCAGGUGUUCUCGUUGGACUCGCCGAACACGUUCCAGCACAUGUACAACCCGAACCACGCCGCGUCCCGCAACGCGAGCAUGGAGCGCAUCGCGGAGCAGAUUGCGACGCUCUGCGCCACGCUUGGAGAAUAUCCCUCCGUCAGAUACCGCAGUGACGGCGAGCGCAAUGUCGAGCUUGCUCAGCUCAUCCAACAGAAACUGGAUGCAUACAAAGCUGACGAGCCCACCAUGGGUGAGGGGCCGGAGAAGGCUCGCUCGCAGCUGCUGGUGCUCGACCGCGGCUUCGACUGCGUGUCGCCUCUGUUGCACGAGCUCACGCUGCAGGCCAUGGCCUACGACCUGCUGCCGAUCGAGAACGAUGUCUACAAGUACGAGGCAUCCCAAGGGCAAAUGAAGGAGGUGCUCUUGGACGAGAACGACGAGCUGUGGGUGGAGCUGCGCCACCAGCACAUCGCCGUCGUGUCCACCUCCGUCACCAAGAACCUCAAGAAGUUCACAGAGUCCAAGCGCAUGGGCGGAGGCGACAAGCAGUCCAUGCGAGAUCUGUCCCAGAUGAUAAAGAAGAUGCCCCAGUACCAGAAGGAAUUGUCAAAAUACGCGACCCAUCUCCGCCUCGCCGAAGACUGCAUGAAGGCCUACCAGGGCUACGUCGACAAGCUAUGCAAAGUGGAGCAGGAUCUGGCCAUGGGCACUGACGCGGAGGGUGAGAAGAUCAAAGAUCACAUGAGGAGCAUUGUGCCAGUUCUCCUUGAUCAGUCCGUGGACAACAACAACAAAAUGCGCAUCAUAGCCCUAUACAUCAUGUCCAAAAACGGCAUAUCCGAGGAGAACCUCAACAAGCUCGUGUCGCACGCGCAGCUCGAGCAGUCAGACAAGCAGACGCUGCUCAACCUCGCCUACCUCGGGCUCAACGUGGUCAUCGAUGGCAACAGGAAGAAGCAAUACCAGGUGACGAGGAAAGAGAGGAUAACGGAACAAACAUACCAGAUGUCACGAUGGACGCCCGUCAUGAAAGACAUCAUCGAAGACUCCAUUGAAGACAAACUUGACCAGCGCCACUUCCCGUACCUGGCGGGCCGCGCUCAGACCUCGGGGUACCAAGCGCCCACCAGUGUUCGCUACGGCCACUGGCAUAAGGACAAGGCGCAGCAAACCGUCAAGAACGUUCCGCGUCUCAUUGUCUUCAUCGUUGGAGGCGUUUGCUUCUCCGAGAUUCGCUGCGCGUAUGAGGUGACCGCCGCUCUCAAGAACUGGGAGGUUAUCAUCGGCUCCUCCCACAUCCUCACUCCCGACAACUUCUUGUCCGACCUCAACUCUCUCACAGCCUAACUUUAACUCAACGUGGCAUCACCAAUCGUCAACUCACAGCUACAAGUGUAACUUGCCCGUCUACCGUCUACUAUACCCGUGUACGCGCAACCAAGCAUCGGCGUCGGCGGACGGGCUCUUCAGAUAUUUUGGAUCACAGAUGAAGUUUUUUGACAUGUUUAUUGAACAUUAUUCAUAUAUUACCGUAUUGCGCGUUCGCUUAACAUAUAGUGAAAUAUUCAGCAAUAAAGUAACUAAAAUAAUUACAAACUAAUCAAGCGUACGAGAAGUCGAGAAACUAAGACAGAAACGAAAUAUUGCUAAUGAUAAUUACGGGCAUCGGUUUUAUAUAGAUGACCUGAUGCUGUCACUUUGUGUCUCCGGCUUCGUUUCUGUCAUAGACGUCAUAGUUCAUUGUGUGCUAGUAAUUGUCGUUAUGGCGAUAGUGUCUGGCGUAGCUGUAGUAUGCCGCUAGCUAAUUCUUGAGCAGUGUGACGUGCCCUUACCGUAGUGCGAUGCUAGAUACACCUCAAUGUGAUACAGAACUUGAACGGCGCUCCGCCGUUAGGAGUAGGCGCCCGUCGAUGUGGGCUAAUAGAUUAUACUGUAUAGCACUCGUGUAAAACUUCAGUGAAUAUGUUUAAUGUUUGUACAAAUUUCCAUAUUUUAUAUUGUUUAAUUAUUUGUUGUUAAAUUAACUUGUUAUAAAAAGUAUCGCGUUUCCGCGCAUAAAUAAAAUAUGUUUAAGAUGAGUUACAUUUGCAAAAAUCUGAAGGAUUUAGUAUUGGUUACAUUAUAUGUAUAAAUAUUCGAGUUUAAAAUACAAAGCGUAACCUUAAUAUAAAUCCCUGUCUGUCUCAAUAUUUUUUCUUAACUCUUUAGUACUCGGACAUUGCGAUAAAAAAAUGUGAUUACGAAAAGUAGCUAUAGGUGUUUUUAAGUUUGUUUAUGACAGAAGAUUUGUUGCUGUUUUAUCUUCAAAUGGUUAAGAAAAAUGGUACAUACGCGUACCAUCCGUUCAAUACCGACAAAAUACUAGAAUAUUAUUGUUUCAUUAGUUAAACGCGUUUACCAUUGUUUGGCUAUAUUAGUUUUCAGCUAUAUUAUAUUUGAUGUUUCGUGUAGAUUUAACGCCGAACAAAAAAUAUACAAAGAUUGAAUUAAGCUAAGUAUUUAGUAUAGUCAGUGUAAUAUCCAUGUAAUAUCCGCAUGUACUUUCAAAUCGAUGACAGUGAUUAAUGAUUAUGGACGGUAUAGAAAGGACGACAAUCUCUUAAUGGCAGAACUGUUGCAAAAGUGACCAGCUUUCAGCUGUAAAUAAUAGUUCCUAAUCUCUCCGGUGGCGCUAGGUAGGCUCUGGGGUAUGACAUGAACCAUACAGAGAAUUGAAAUGGGGAGGGGCAACAAAUAACCCGACCAAAUUACGUACGUUGUUUUUGGUAUGUUUUCAGGAAUGUUAAAACGUGUUUUUAAUUUUGUCACAUUGCGUAUGUUUUGUCCCUCACGAUCGCACGGGCGCACAUCUAUAUUAAAUACUAGGUAUAUGACAUUUCAUUUCGGUGUAUUGUGUCGCCGCCUAAUUACUGUUUUUGAUGGACACUUCAUAUAUAUAGAUUUUGCUCCUUUAUAUAGUCUCCAUAACAGUGAUGUUCAUAUUUCAAAUAAAAUCAUGGAAAUAAAUUUCGUAUAAUUGACGCAUUAAAUGUCAAACACUUGUAUGUUGCAGAUUACGAGCAUUUAUUUGUCUGUUUCAUAUAUUGAUAUUUAGACUUUGAAGAAGUAGGGAUAUAGCUGUAAACAUUGCUUCUUCAUAUUUUAAUGCCAAAUUCAAGAAAAAAGAUCUUAUGGCGUGUUUACAUUAGGUCGACUGUCGUAUGCGGGAAUCGGCCCAGUAUAAAUACGCCCUUACACCUGCCGUUACAACACCGCGCGGAUUUGUUACCAGACUAACACAGGGCGCCGGCAGGCGCUGGCAACCAAUAGGGUUAAAUUAAAAUGGCCAAUUGCCACACCAGAGGCUCUUGCGCCUUGGGCUUAGGCCCAGAGGCGCAGGCGAUAUUACGGACUAGAAUUGGUUUUGGACUCUGUACCUUGAUGCAUUUAUGGAAACAACAUCUCGAGGCACCGAGUGUCGCGAAUUAAGUUAACCCUUCGGUUCGGACGACACACAUUCCAGUUUUCUGGUAUUUUUAAUUGUUAAUAGUCUUUUCUGAUGUUUUGAAAUUAACCAGUUUGCCCUCCUUAAGCUUUUAUUUUUUAACCCCAUUUGGUGCCGGCCAUAGUGUUGUAUUUUAUAUAUAGGGUUUCACUAGUGAUAAUUCUCUAUUAUGGUUACUAUCUAACGUUUAAAGUUGUUAUUGUCUUGACGUCGCCUAUAUUAAAGAAUUCAAAUUGUCUACAUUCCAACUUCUGUUUGUCUAGGAGUUAAUCUUUCACGCACUUGUGCUUUUUCAUUCUUCCACACUGUAUUGUAUUGUAUAGUUGAUAAAUUACUACAGUUAGAUCAUUUUUAACAAAUAAGUAUAGAGUACUUUAAAAUACUAAAUUCCAGACCCGAGUAUAGAAUUUGGUUAUGCUAGGGUCCGUUCGUGUGUCGUUUGAUUGCUUUAUUUGCGUAGAAUUCGGGCCCAGCCUAAACUCCUCGCUACGGGACUGGCUGGCUAACACUUUGGGCGUCAACCUUGGAACACGAAUGCCAUUGAUGCUCCAGUAAUUAGGGAAUGCAAACCGGUUUUUAUUUGUAUGAAAUUUCGGUUAAUAACCGGUUGUUAACCGGUUUUUCAUACCAUUAAAAACCGGUUUGCAUUCCCUACCGGUAAUACACUAAACGUGAUAUAAUGUUGUUAAUUUAAGCUCUGAUUUUAAAUUCUAUUCGGGUUAAGCUUAGAAAUAAAUAAGGAGUACAGCAAUAAUAAAAGUAUAAAAAACAUUUUUAUAAGGCAGUGUUGACGAAUUAUAUCACGCAAAUUGUGUAAUUGCCCUUUACGGAAUUCGUGGUCACGGGGUAGAAACCGAGAAAUACAAUGGUGUCAACGUGAACGGCCAUCUUUGGCGCUCAAAAGGUUAUUCGUUGUAAUCUGCGGUCGAUAUAUUUAAUCAAUCACUUGAGUAACGGUAUUAAAUUCGACUAGUCGUAUUAUAUGUAAUUGGACGUGUUUACACUUAAAUAUUUACCGAUGUUAAUUACUUGCUGGAACAGCUGAACUUGCAUGUAUCAGCUGUAUGAUCAAGAGUAAAACCAUAAAACAUCUGGUUUUUUUUGCCAGACAGGGAUUUAACGCCAAUCUAGAUGGUCGCCUAUGCAUCAUUAGGAUGAUAUGAUAUCACUCUUGGCUAUACAACUAGUACAAAAUUAAGUGCAACAAAUUAUAAGUACUAGACUACUGAAAUAAAUAUGCUGAAUCAGUCGUUUCGUAGUUGAGAUGUUUAACCAAAAAAAUAGUUAAACUCUAAAGUAUAGAACUUAAUUUAUUUAACAUUAUAUGUUAAACAGAUUAAGUUGUAUACUUACAAACAUGGCAUUUUCUAGAAAGUAUAUCAAUAUAAAAUACUAUUUUUUCGAAAUAGAUGAAACAUUCACAUUUUAAUAUACAACUAGACAACUUUAUAAUAGCAACAUACUUCAUUAUCAGUAUUAAAGUGUUGAAACGUUUAUUAAAUUAUUUAAUCGUCUAA